UGUCUAUGCGAUUAUUAGGUCCUUUUGACUUAGGCUUGAGUGAUGCAGAAGAUAACGAUACCUGGACAUUUGAACUUUUUGUUUUUGAAUUGACAACGAUCAUCUUAUUUUGAGUUGACUAUCCGUGUUAUUUCUAUCUUGGUGCAGACUUACAUUCACAAUCCAUCGAUUUCUUUUUUGUGUGCAGAAUUAGACCAAAGAUGGCGCCGUCCACUUCUCGUGCAGAACAAAAUACCGCAACGAGUCGUACCAUGACGAGCACUUCUAGUAAUACGAGUGCCAGAAGUGGGAAACUUUCAUUCCGUGGCUUUCUGGAGCAUGCUCCUGAGCUAAUUCGACUUGCCCUGCCGAAUAUGUCUUUCUACAUCCUGCUACUCCUACCAGAGACGGUCAAUUUUCUCUAUGUCUUUCUCUUCGCAGAGGCGGACCACAACGCGACUGCGGCUAUUGCUGCACUAGCGAUUGGCAACUCGUUUGUGAAUAUCGUUGGUUGUGCGCCAAUCAUUGGCCUGAACCUUGGUCUAGACGCAUAUUUACCCACUGCCUUUGGUGCUAAGAAUUUUCGAGCUUGCUACGAAUUUUUCAGUCGCGCGCAAGUGGUUGUUCUCGCGUAUUUUAAGGCUUGAUAUUAGAAUUCAUUCCCAAAGGCCAUUUUCCUCCGUUUUCUUGUUGCGAUCCUGAAGAAAUGAAUUGCAGAAGUGAAUCAUUUGAGCUCUAAUCAUUGUCCCGUUGUGUGGUUGUUACUCUUGUACGCGACUGAGCCAUGCUUUCGCUGGGUUUUGGGUGGAGACACCGGGUCCGAUGGCUCUUCUCACAUGAUGACAAGGAAAUCCCGGCACACGGAGAAGACUAUCGAAUUGGGCGUUUCCUAUGCGCAUUUCCAGGGUUCCGGGAUCUUAGGUUAUGCGGUUGCCGAUGUCUGUCGCAAGUUCUUAGCCGGCUUUGGCGAAACGAGACGGGUCAGAACCGCGCAAGCUGUUCUGGUUGGGCUACAUCCUUUUUGGUGCGCGUUUUUUGAUGCGAUAUUGAGACGUCGUCUCGGCCUGUUCGCUAGCAUAACGCAGACUAUGGGUUUGGCGUCUGCUGUCACCUGGUCGUCCUGUGCUGUCGUUUUUUAUGCGAUCAUUCUGCGACGAUGUGCGAUAGUUCGUGCACAAACAAUAUUAUUGGAAAAACAGAACCAAGACCAACAGCAACUCCAAGAUCAUGAAAUGUUCAAGAAGUCAGUCAUGGCUGAAGAAGAUCGUUUAUGUUUAGAGGAUGCUUUUUCGACAUCGGCAUCGUCUGGUUGUGCUUUGACAUCGACAUCGGCAGGCUCAACCCACGAAGGUAGGCCUCCAAGGAACGAAAGUGCUGCACUACAACAAACCAAUAUCUCACAAGAAGAUGCAGAGGAUACUGCAAAUGAAGUCGAGUAUUUCUUCCUCCAAGAACAGGAAGUAGAAGAACGAGGACACCAAAAUAGACUUGUAGAAGUAGAAAAGCAGACCAAGAACAAGAUGAAACAGGAAUUAUUGAUGGAGAAAACACAAGGAAUACUAUCUCUAUCUUCACGUCCACCAUCGCGAGAUGAUCUCCAAGACGACGGUGGAAGUUCAUGUGGUGAAACCACAUCGACUGAUGUAUCAACUUCAACACGAGAGUCUCCUACGCAACAUCAACAUGAUCCGGACCUCUCAUCUUCUAAAGUUCAGCUUCAUAUGAACGAAGAACGAGGGACAGGGACGAGGACUAAAACGAAGGACAAGAGUACUCGGAUCAGAACUGCUGUAGAUCUUUUCGAACCUCCUCCACAUGAUACAGACGAGCAAUUAUUACCUUCGACUUCUCAAGCUCAACACAGAUGCGCUUCUUGGCUCUACUUCUUUCCUCUCCUCGAUGUUUCUUCAUCAACCUCCUCUUGCGUGGUCUACGAUGUGUCUAAGAUUGGAGCGUAUCUGUCCGUUGCAGUGCCUUCGCUGUGCGCAUGCGUGUCCGAGUGGUGGGUUCGAGAAAUUCUCACCCUGUUUGUCGCCACCCUGAAGGCAGAUGGUCCUGGAACUCUAGCAAUUCAUUCGACUGUGAGUAGCAUCUAUCUGAUGCUCGUCAUGGUGAUCCAGGGGCUCGUCACCACAGCGUCGUUUGUCGUUGGACGCGCCUUAGGGGAGGGUCGUGCAGACUUAGCUUUCGCUCGUUCCGUGUACCUAGCACUGCUGGUGUUGGUGAUGUUUGCUGUAAUGCAGGUUGCGCUGUACGCCCCUAUUCUGGGAGUUUCUUCUAAGAGGACAGACGGAGGCAGUAGGAACGUGAUAGGCUACUUGUCGCAACUCUUGGCGGUGAAGUAUUUUGGAGAUGACAAAUCAGAGACAACUAGUAUAUAUGCUUCCUCGUUGGAUCAAGAACAACAACAACAAGGUGGGAAGAACAACGGCUCUUUACUAAGUAGCACGAGCAGCAAAAAUGCCACUGUGGUUACUUCUUCAACUCGUCCUUCUCAACAUUCUCAUCACCACAUCCAUAUACCCCUUGCCGAUGCGGAGCAGCUUUGCACAGUUUUACUAGCGGUUGUCUUCUCCAUCACCUUCCUCUUCGAUGCCCUGGAGAACGUCCUUGCUGGAGUGUGGCGCUCCCUAGGCAAGCAGAAGAAGACAGCCAUAACCUAUGCUGUGCAGCAUUACAUCUUAGGCUUGCCGCUAGUCGCGAUCGCAACUGCGUUAAUGGGUGCUGAUCCAGUCUAUGCUUUACCCGCUGUCUGGGCAGCCUUCACUUUGGAUCUUGUAAUUGGGUGUACGUGGACGCUGUUUUGUACGUACUACAUCGCGAUGUUUGGGCGGGCCUCCUCAUCAGUCAAGACGAGUGCGGAGAUAAUGUCCUCAGUAACAAGAAUGAGUGCAUCUUCUUGUGGUUGUGCCAGUACAACUUCGAAAAACAAAAGUACAACUACUUUCAGUUCUUCAUCUACUUCCGACAAUAAUAUGAACGAAAAUUUUUAUAAAAGAACGACUUCUACAUCAGCACGCUUAUCAACAUCAAGGAGCGACAGCAAUGCAUCACCAACUACAUCGUUUUUUGGUAAACUCGAAGCUAGCGGCUGGCUCCUCGAUUUCUCGGAGGAAGUGGAUCGGGCAUAUCAACGUGUUGGGAUGUCGACGCGACAGAAACCAGUAGAGGAAGCCAGAGAGGCAGAGCACUCACCGCUUGCUCGUCCUUUAUUGGAUAAAAGUGGGAGAAAGCACUCUUGACUAGCAACGUUCUUAGGGAGUGGUUUCGAGAAGGACACGAAUCUUAGGAACGUUGCAGAAUAGAACAUUCACGAAGCGUCAGCACGAACAAGAAAAUUAUAAGAGGUCAAGACUCACAUCAUCAUCGAGAAAUUUUUCGCUAGUCUUUUCAUUAUGAUAUAACUUCACAUUUUUGUGAAAGAAGAGAUUAAGUGAUGAGAUUAAGUGACUAUUGUAUCUAUAUGCUACCACAAGGAGAAAGUGGCGCUGGUCGCUCUAGUCAUUUUUUUCAAUGUUCAUCAAAAAUUUUUAGUCAGCCUUCCUCGUCGACCUGUGCAGGUUAAACGAAAGUUUGUUGUGUAGUCUGUGAUGGUUAACUUUUUUUUACAACUAACUUGCUUCGUACUUCUUUGAAAUUUGAAGUCUAGACAUCACGACUCUAAAGUCUCAUCUAGAAGUUGUAGCACACAACGAGGACCUUUGCAGUUUUGGCAGUUUGUUUUGAUUAGAAAUGAACGGAUCUGGUGUAUCUAGCUUGAAAUAUAUGGCAUCUACUCCAGCUGAAAAAUUAGCUGACAUCAUCACAGCAGAGCGAUCUAACGCAAUGAAUUUAGCGUGUGAUCUAUCACUAACUAGAAUUACGUUUCUUUAGUAAAAAGAGCGGGUAUUCGGCGGGUACCCCUCCGUGUCAUAAUAUGAACGAACUCGUCACACAAGGGCAGUGCCUGUAAGAUGAUUCCCCCUACACUUCGAACUUGAUCAUAGAAGACACGAACUUGGGUCCAUACUUCAAUGGAUGACACAAUGACUUCACAUACUUCAAUGGAUGACACAUAGAGCAG